GGGGAGGGGAUGUGCUCAAGGGCCCCUCCCGAAGCUCUGGACGGCGGGACAAGUGCAGGCCCAGAGAUACAUGCUGGAGGUGGAUGUGGUUGAGGUUGCAGAGUAAAGCCCUCUGAGGGGACAGCAUGGUGCCAGCGGCGACGGGAUGGCCUCUAGAGAAUGAGGAGGAGCCUCUCACAUCCACCUACCUGGCAACCGCAGAUGCAGCCCUAGAAGACAGGGAUGGUGAAACCCAGCCAGUGAGGGAGCGGGCCGCGGGAAGGACACGGAGGUGACUGACGGCUGGGGCAGGCCUGGAAAGGCGCCUUGGACAAUAUUUAAAUGAGAUGCAAAUAGACAUCGACUGGCCAUUAGUUUCCGCUGCAGUGUUUGCAGGUGGAGUGGAAUGUAACCCCCCAGGAAUGGGGCGGGGAGGGUCAGAGAAUGCGGCUGCGCUCUCGAUCUCCUUGGAGGUGCAGGGGCUUGGAAAAGAAUGGGGCCCAGAAUGGACUCGGUCCUCUCUGCUGCAAUCUGGCUCUGCUCCCCGGCCUGCCCCUCACUCCCAGGGGAAGGGGUCAAGGGACGCCCGCCCAGAUGCUCUGAAAUUGGGUGGUGGGGAGGCUCGUCUGGAUGGUUGAUGCAGGAAAGGGGCGGGCGUGGGAAAGGACGGAGCAGCCGUCAUCAUGUCAACUCCGCCUGGCAGUUAGGCCAGCCGGCACAGACCCCGAGCCCCAGCCUCCAGCCACGGUGCACGUUCACCCUGCUCCGAAAACCAGCGCGUCUAUCCAUUCUCUCCCCAUUUGUCUCUAUCGUCCAGCUACCACCCCACCCCUUCUCUAUUCAUUUUUACCGCUAACCUCUCUUGCCCCACCCCGCGUGCCCCAACCCGUCCAUCCACACCCACAGGACGACGAGCCAUCCUCACCAGGGUCCUCCUGCAACCGCUCCAGCGUCUGCUCCUUCGCAGCUCGGGUCCCCGCCCGGCCUGCACAGACUGGAGGGGAGGGGAGCGGAGCUGGGACGCCCGGCGCCAGCGCUGCGCAGCCGCGCCCCUUCACGCAUGGGCGUGGCGUGGCUCAGACCCAGCCCCCAGCGCUACGUCUCGCCUGUGUCACCCACCCAGGCCCGGCUCAAUGGCUUUUGAUGCAUCCUAA